AUGCAGUACUGGAUACAGGCAGCCGCCGAUGCCGAUGUACACCUUCUCGAUUACGGCCGAAGCGAGAGGAACCUUUUUGAAAGAGGCGAUAUCUACAUCAGACCACGAUAUGUUAUUUUGAGACAUAACCGAGAAAGGAGACCGAGUCAUAUCGGCAUUACCUACGGAGCUUUGCCACAGCAUAGGAAAAUUUGGUUUGCCGACGACAAGAAUGGAUUGGCUGGGGAGUUCUGA